UAAAGUUUGCUGUGAACAUUUUUUGCUCUCUUUAUUAUUUUGAAUACGUAUGUGGCGUAGUUAUAUUGAUCGUUUUUUUGGGUUUAUCUAGAAAAAAUGAGUAUGUAAAUGUGCCAUUGAUGAAUGUCCAAGAUGUCGAGUGCCCCAGUGAAAGAGUUCAAUAAGUCCUGGUGGACGGAGGUUUAUAAUCGGAUUAUUGGUGCUGUCGUAUUUCUAGACGAUGCUAGCGCAGAAUGUCUCCACUGGGAUGGCGGUCUUUUCAAUUUACUGGACGGAGGAGCGGUUGCCGUAAAAACUUUGUCACCGUUCGAGGUUGCAAAUAAAGAGCACAAGAAAGCUGUCUUCAUAAGUCAAACAACAACUAUCCAACUACAUACAAUAGAAGAUAUAAUCAAACGCAGUGACUUUUCACACUGUACAUUAAUCUCAUGUGUCAGCUUGGAUGUGGUUUAUUUGGAGCUAAAUGAGGGCAAGGAUGUUGGUGAUGUGAUUGCGGCAGGCAAAGGGCCUGCAGAAGCCACAAGACAGCUGGAAAGUAUGUUGAUAGACUGGAUGGGAAAAAAGCAAUGUGCAGUACAAGUAGUCCACAUACCAAUCUUCACAAUUUCACCAACUAAUGUUGUGUUUCUUACACCACCAUAUGCUCAAAUGUACCCCACAUAUGAAGGCAAGUUGGUGCCAGAAACUCUAUCUGUAGACUUGUACACAUUGUCUAGCAAUGAGAGAUCCCAAGUGCGAAGGUUGGCCAGUUGUCUGAACAGUAUGAUGGAGUCUUUGAACCUGAAGGAAGAUGUGUACUUCAUGGGGACAUAUAGCUCUCUAGUGGCUGGUGUUUUGGAGAAUUCACCAGUUUGUCUGGCAAGGAGGAAGAUUUGUACAAAUCCAGCAUCAUUAAUAAUAGUGGAUCGGACAUUAGAUUUAUGCGGAGUGACAAGCUAUUCUAUGGAGGCAGUUCUGGAUAAAAUCAUGGCAGUGUUGCCCAGCUUCCCGGGACAUUCUAAUGAUGUUGCUGUUGAUAUGUCUCCACUGUGCGAGGCCAAUGUACUGAACCACCCAGAUGACAUUCAGCUAGGCCCAGGGUGCUUGUACCACGCAAACGACGAUCUAUGUGUGCAAACAUUCGAUCACAUGAUCAACAAAUCGCAGAAGGAGGUGAUGUUCGACCUUUACAACAAGUUGUCCAACAUUGACGUACAGAAAUCACCAAGCCCGAAAACACUUUUGAAGGUCACACCACAGAGUGUGGAGAAAAUUGUUACGGCUUCUAAAGGCAAAUAUGACGUGAUCAGUGAGCAUCUGGGACUACUGCAGCAGGCUUUGGCCGUGGUGCAAACGCUGAAGUCUCCCAGACGAGCCCAGAUGGAGCUCGUCAUGAGCCUCGAGAAGCAAGUUGUGCAGAGCCUCGCAGCUAGUAGAGACUCCACAAGCGUUUUACAGCAGAUUAGUCACCUUAUAAAGUUGCGAAAAGACAGAAACCUACCAUUAGACUGCUUAUUGGCGCUUAUAGUACACAUUUACUCGUUAACUGGCACUGAAGUGUCGUUCUCUAAGCAACACGAGGAAAGUCUGGCGGAAACGGUUAGUGUAGCGAUAUUCGAAGACCACGCGAGUCUGUUGAGUGAUCGCAUCGUAACGCCUGAAGAGUGCCUCGACAUAUCCAAGAGUAUCAUGGAGAGAUUGAAAGAUGUGGCCCAGAUGAGACGAUCUUUGCAUAAAUAUAAUUCAGUAUUAAAACAGUGCGAAACGGGCGUCGGAUACGAGUACCGUGGUGUGUUGCAACAGCUGGUCGAUGAUUUAGUGGAUACAGAUAGGCCUGAUUUAACCGACCUAAAACACAGGAAUGAAGGAAUAAAAGAUCUUUUGCGGAGCGGACUCAACAUCCUCACAAGCAAGAAGACGCGAAGCACGAAGCAUCCACUCGACAACCCGAUGGUGAUAAUAUUCGUGGUGGGCGGCGUCACUGCCGAGGAGUGCAAGCGGUUGCACCGCAGUGUCAUCACCAGUGGGGUCGACAACACCGUCCUCAUAGGUUCCACCAAGUUUGUCAACCCGGUGAACGCUAUGAAAGACGUUCUGGCCUUGCAGAUAUUGUAAUGAGGCGCUGUGGAUUUUUAGUGAUUUUUGUAUAUGGGAUAUUGACAACUAUUGGGAGUUAGUGACUGAAAUAGCCCUAAAAGGGUGACUGAGCCAACGCAAAUUAAACAGUUCUAAAAGAGAAAUCAAGAAAGAAUUUAGGUUUAACAAAUUCCCUUACAUCUUAACAUUGACAAAAAAAAAACAAAGGAGUGUAAUUUGUAAUACCAUGUCUCCAUUAGCUGUUAUUGCCUCCCUAGAAAUGCACGCGUUAACAAUCAGUCCUGAGUAUUACUUGCUUAAGGGAAGGUGUCACAGUGGCGAAGAGAGAAGACAGAGUAAUUGAUAUAUAAAUUUCCGUAAAAUAUUGGCAGUAAUCACUCUUCGUAUACCAUUUCCGUUGAACCAUGCUUGUGAUCACAAGAUUUCACCUUUACCUUAAUUUGAGCGCUGUUUUAUAAAAUUAAAAUGUUAAAUUCUGUCUUGUGUCUACGUAGCUGCCUCUAGUCGCCUGUGGUUCCGUACUUUAUUUAUUUAUUUAAUACUCACAAAACAGGUUACAAUCGGGUACACAUUGUAUACAAAAUUGCCUUAAGUAUUUUAACAUAAUAAUAACUCAAAACUUGUACAUUUAAAUUCCUUUUCAAAUCUCCUUUCAAUUAAUGUUUUCAGUUCAUUGUAAGAUUUUCGUGCAGCACAUAUUAAGGAUGUAAACUAUGCGUAGUAAUCAAAAUACUUAUUGUGUAGAAGUGCUGAGCUAAAAUGUUAUGAGUUUUUAUUCCGUAAAAUUUUGUCAUUCAAACCAAUUGGAUUAUAAUAUACUAUUAUGUUAGUUCAUAGUGAAAUUUUAUAGCAUUCUAUAUUAUAAUAUUUUAUUGUGAGAGUGUAAAUUUUAUAUUUGAUGUUAUGUGGUGAUGUAUUUUAUUAUAGAAUUAGUUUAUUUAGAAUAACUGCAAUGCAAUUACAAUGCAAACAUACAAUAAAGUUUUUGAAUCUGA